AUGUAUAUCAGACUUCGCUUUGUAUUGACCUACAUCUCCAGGUCCAUCACCAACACCGUCUCCUCCGGCUGCCCCCUAAACUCCCUCCCAUUCACUCGUACCCGUCCCCUGGCAUCAUCCGGAAACACAAUCCUCCCCUUCGUCCCCUUGGGAGCGACAACCUCCACCUCCACACCCCCAUCCUCACCAACCGUCACCUUGCCCUCAAACCACCCCAGCCCAGUCUCAAACCCAGCCCAAACACUCCUCAGCCCCUCCCCCAGCUGCGGCCUCAACGACCAUCUCCUCCCCCCAAUCUCCUCCAGACGCAAGCCCAGCACGCCCGUCACCAGCGCCGUCGUCGGCCCCGAGCUCCACCCGUGCGCCAGCGACGUGUACGCCGCAUCGUACUUCCAGGCCCUCCGCGAACGUCGACCCCGUGAACAACCCACUGCUAUCAUCCAGGAGAUACCCCCACAGCCGCCGCAGCAGCCUCUGCGCCCGUUUAGUGUUCCCCGCCCCGUGCAGGUGCGCCAGCAGCUCGAGCCCGGACACGAACGGCGAGAUGGUGUCCUCGAGCUCUGGCGUCACGGGGCCGAUGUCGUUCCAGUUGCGCUCCAGACCUUCGCUCACUGCCAUGCGCUGGGUUUCGUUCUCCGCUAG